UAAAAGGAAAUAUGAUCAUCACAAAUAUUUACUUUAAAUAAGUUUAAGAAAAAAUUCACUUUGAACUGUUAAAUAUGAGCACAAAGAUUUGACUAGGUAGGUUAAGUGGACAUAUCUUCCCUUUAACAAUCUUUUAUGAAUACAAUAUAAACUAAUUAUACAUCCAAUCGAAAUUAUUUAAAAUACAAGUUAUUGUCAUGAAGUUCAUGACAUGAACUAAUUCACCUUAAAAACAUGUCACCAAUUAAGAUUAACUGUAAAUAAACUAUAUCAGAAAACAUUAACCUGAAAGGAGAUGAUACUUCACAGUCAUUCACAACACACAAUCAAUAUUCUAAAAAUUCGACAGCUACGGAAAAGAAAACCAUAAGGAUUCAAUAAGCACAUUCAAGGACCGGUAGCUAAGCAACCAGGAAGAAGGAGAUUAACACUUCACACAUAUCCAAGAUCAAUUUAGCCGAGACAAUAAAAGACAAAGAAAAAGACGAAGAAUCAAUACAAAACUCUAAAUUACUUAUCGAAACCACCAAAGAGCAAGAAAGAGACCUCACAGAAGUUCGAAGGCUGCAAAAUGCAGUUAAAAAAAAAUUAGAAUCAACAAGACAUUAUUAGACAUUAAAUGAACAGAGAAGCAACCUAAACCGCACAAGCAACCAACAAAUGACAAAUGAGAUAAGAGCCAGCAAUGACAAAUCAAUGGAUCUUCUAAGCACUGAAAUGGUUAAAUCCAACAAUAACCAAAUCAUAUUUACUAACAAAAAAACAAGGAUGAGAAAAUAAAUGCCAACGACUAGUUUUUAAACACACAGAAAAAUACAAGCCGCAUUAUUCGAAGGCCGACACUUUUUGAUAAUUUGGUAGCAAAAAUUCGGAAACUUUUUAUUUGAUUUUUUUUUUAAAAAUAAGUAUUUUUCUAAUAUUCAUUUGCAUGCUUUUUCUCCUACAAACGGACAGCUCUUUAUUGGCUUUGUUCCUACCAUACCUAUCUAUGUUCGUCUCUGCAACAGAUCUGUCUCCAUUUCUCUCUCUACAAAACCCUCUAUCCAAAACAGAGGUUUCUCUUCUCUCUCUCUCUCACCUCGCCUCUGCCAAAAGCCAUCGUUAUCUUCCAGAACCCAUGAGUCUCCUCUGAAUCUGCAUGUGAAAAUUUGGUGUAGAAAAGAGGAGAGAUCUGUGACUUCCUUUAAAACGCUGCCGUCUCUUUUAAUCUCUGUUGUCCCUGUGACUCACUGAUGAAGUCACUCACUUCGAUGCCCACUUGCCUCUCUCUCUCUCUCAUUAAUUGAGAAACCAUCUUCACUGCACCUGAAUCACCACAAAGUUUGAUCCUUUACCUUCAAAGUUUCAAUCUUUUCCCCAUUUGGGUUCUCAAUUCUCCGAUUUAAAACUUCUCUUAACCGAUUUGGUUUUGGGUUUCUGAGAUUUAAGACAUUAAAAGCUGUAAUCUUUGGUUUCACAAAGAUGAGAUACGAUUCGAUUUGGUUUCUGUAAAUGACGACGACGACGACGAGAGUCGCUGCUUCCUCUUCCUCAACUCGGAACAACCGAAUCCUGAAAGACGCAAAUGGAGACAUCGGCGAGCAUCUCCGUAACCACAUCCACUUAACCAACUGCAUCCACCUGAAGAACCAUAUGCACAAACAGAGCCCUGUCCUAACCGACCGCGCCUUGAUGAGAGACCUCAUCGUCCUCCAGAGGUCACGCUCCCUCAGAGACCCUUCCGCUAGCCCUCCCGCUUGGAACACCCCUCCUUCGAUUGUGGACUUGCUUCCCAAGAAAGGAGAGAAGAACAAGUCCAAGUCUAGCCGUAGGUUGUCUGCUCUGAGUGGCUCUUCACCCGUUGUGAACUUCGGGACGUGUAGAGUGACUCCUUCUGAUGAAGGGUUUGGUAGGAGGGUGAAGAGGGAGGAGUCUAGUAGGAAGAGUUAUAGAGUUGAGGAGGAGACUCAUUGUGGUGAUACGGGUUCGAAAGCUAGUGGGAGGCUUAGUAGAAUCAAUGACGCUAUUGCUAAGACAUUGUCUGAUCAGUUACAUGAGGCUGUUGUGGGUGGUGGUGAUAGUGAUGAUGUUGUUUCAUCUAAUGUUCGUCCACGUGUUAGAUAUGGAGGCGGUGGAAUGAGUCGGACUAAGAGAAGGAAGUUUAGAGGGACGAGGAGAGUUCGUGGUAAGAGUAUAGAUAUAGAUAGAGAUAGAGACACUGGUGGUGGGAAGAGUGAGAUGUCUGUUGCUUCUAACUCAGUUCCUCAAGGUGAGAAAGAGGGAUUAGGGGAACAGAACAUGACUAAGGCUUGUGGGAUUCCGUUUAACUGGUCUAGAAUCCAUCACCGAGGGAAGACUUUUCUAGACAAAGCGGGUAGGAGUUUGUCUUGCGGUAUGUCUGAUUCUAAGGGGAGAAAAGGUGAAGCCAGUGAGAGGAGGAAUGGUUCUGAUUUGAUGAUGAGACAGCCUGAGGAUAAUGAUGGUGACUCUAGCUCUUUCGUCUGCUCUGAUGGCGGCGAGGCGCUUCCUUUGCUAGUUGACAGUGCGGAGAAUGAAGGAUGGGUGCAUGACUACUCAGGAGAGUUAGGGAUCUUUGCGGAUAAUUUGCUCAAGAACGAAGAAGAAGAUUCUGAUCUUGCUUCAGAAGGAAGGUCAGGAGAGAAAAGACACAACAAGAAGAAGAGUCAUCAUCAUCAUCAGCAGCAUCAGCAACAGCAUCAGAGUCUUACGGAGAAGUACACUCCUAAAACAUUCAGGGAUCUUGUAGGACAGAAUCUAGUUGUGCAAGCUCUCUCCAACGCGGUUGCAAGAAGGAAGCUCGGACUAUUGUACGUGUUCCACGGUCCAAACGGAACGGGGAAGACCUCUUGCGCUAGGAUAUUCGCAAGGGCUCUCAACUGUCAUUCAUCAGAACAGCAGAAGCCUUGUGGUGUGUGCACCUCAUGCGUCUCGCACGAGAUGGGGAAGAGCUGGAACAUUCGAGAAGUUGGUCCUGUAGACAACAUUAUGGAUCUGCUUGAGGGUAACAACAAUGUGACGGUUUCAUCUCAUUCCCCUCGUGUUUUCAUAUUCGAUGAUUGUGAUACUUUCUCAUCUGAUUGCUGGAGUGCUGUGUCCAAAGUGGUGGACCGUGCAGCGCCGCGGCGUGUGGUCUUUAUCCUCGUGUGUUCUAGUCUCGAUGUGUUGCCUCAUGUGAUCAUCUCGAGGUGUCAGAAGUUCUUUUUCCCGAAGCUCAAAGACGCGGAUAUUGUUUAUUCAUUGCAAUGGAUUGCGUCAAAGGAAGAGAUUGAGAUAGAGAAAGAUGCUUUGAAGCUUAUAGCUUCGAGAUCAGAUGGUUCUUUGAGGGAUGCUGAGAUGACUCUUGAACAGCUGAGUUUGUUAGGACAGAGGAUCUCUGUUCCUUUGGUUCAGGAACUGGUUGGGCUUGUUUCUGAUGAGAAGUUAGUGGAUCUUCUUGAUUUAGCUUUAUCUGCAGAUACUGUAAACACUGUGAAGAACUUGAGAACAAUAAUGGAAACAAGUGUAGAACCAUUGGCUUUGAUGUCUCAGCUUGCAACGGUCAUAACAGACAUUCUCGCGGGUAGCUAUGACCUCACUAAAGAUCAGCAUAGAAGGAAGUUUUUUCGACGGCAACCAUUAUCUAAAGAAGAUAUGGAGAAGCUUAGACAAGCUCUCAAGACUCUAUCCGAGGCAGAGAAGCAGCUGAGAGUAUCAAACGAUAAACUGACUUGGCUCACAGCCGCUUUGCUUCAGCUAGCUCCUGAUCAGAACUACUUGCUUAACCGUUCUUCCACUGCGGACACUAGCGUAAACCGAACUCCGUUGCCGCUAGAGAACAUUGGAGGUAGAGAAAGAGAAAGCUCAGAUCACCAUCUUGAUCCUUCUAGCGACGCAGCAGCAGGGGAAAGAAGUUCUGGUUUAGACAGACAAAGUAGAAAAAACCGACCGGCUGUUGAAGAGAUUUGGUUGGAAGUUAUUGAGAAGCUUAGAGUAAACGGUUUGAGAGAGUUUCUUUAUAAAGAAGGAAGAAUCGUCUCUCUUAGUCUCGGUUCAGCUCCUACGGUGCAUUUAAUGUUCAGCUCACCGUUAACAAAGUCCACGGCUGAGAAGUUCCGUGGGCAUAUAAUGCAAGCGUUUGAGGCGGUUCUUGAGUCUCCGGUAACUAUAGAGAUCAGAUGCGAGACAAAGAGAGACUCGAGGCCAAGAUCGUCUUUAGCACUCGUUGGACAAGAUCACAACGUGAAUGGAAGCGGGAGAAGUGAGAUAGUUGAGGUCAUUGAAUCUAAUGGGCAAAGACGGCGUCAGCAACAGAAGGAAGAGGAGGAAAGAAAAGAGCGAGGAGUUGGUUCAUCCGCGUUGGCUCGAGCUAGAAGGAAACAUAUGGAAGCAAGCCAGAGUCAGAACCAGAGCCAGAGCAUUGUGAGAGGUAAGGUCUCGCUGGCUCAUGUGAUUCAGCAAGCUGAUGGAUGCACGCUUCAAAACGGCUGGUCUAAACGCAAAGCUGUGUCUAUUGCUGAGAAGCUGGAACAAGAGAAUCUGAGGCUAGAAGCUAGAUCAAGAAGCUUGUUAUGCUGGAAAACCUCAAGAGGCACACGUCGCAAGAAGGUGAGAGGAAGAAGGACAAGACCACGGGCGUUAUUGAAACUCGUGUCGUGCGGGAAAUGUCUUUCGACGAGAUCUCCAUCAAGAUAAAGGUGUUUUGUUCUUUUGUCGACCAUACGCAAAUUGUUAUGUAGUCAUAGUCAGUUGUAGCCUUCUUUGCAAUUGUAAUAGUUCUUCUGGAUCUUCUUCUUACCACAAAAAAAUAAAAUGGAUUAGUUUUUGUAAGUCUAUUCUUAAGAGUUGUAAUGAAAUGGUGGACAUGCUUUCAUUAAUACUGCAUGAAAAAUGCGGUAUGUUAACCGCAGAUGGUCU